AUCAAACCUCGCCAUCCUUAUUUAGUUACUGCUGCGCGGAACGACGAUUUCUUCAGCAAAUGAAGGACUGGUAGUUAAGGGUUCCCUGAGGCCGUACGCUCUCUGCCCACCCUGCCGCACCCGCGGAGUCGAUGGCAGCCGCCGGAGCUGCAGCAGGUGGUGAGACGGGGCCGGGCGGAGUGCCCUGGCUGCAGGGCUUCUGUACGGCCCUGGCUCCUGCCUUCUGCUUCCCCCGUCUUUAUAUUCCCCUCUUCCUGCAGGCGGAAAAUCUGCUCUGCCGGCUGCAGGAGAAUUUUGAGGCUGUGACGGAGAAGUUGACGCUGAGAAUGGAAGAAAUGGGUGAGCACAUCAGUGACCUUGAGAAGCAUGUUGCUGACCUGAUGACAGAGGCUGGGGUAGAAAACAGCGAUGAAGACUUGGGACUGAGUGCAAUAUAUAAGGGGGCAGUGCUAAAUUACCAAGUGUGUAAAUCGAGGCUGUCCAUUCAUAGUGAAAUGCGUGUGGCCUGAAGUGUUCCUGCUCACCAUUCCGGCCCCUCAGGUAUGCUAACCUAGCUGAGGAUUCUUGCUGGUAUAAAUUUGUGUACCUCUGCUUUUAAACCUACUACAGCUUCCCAGUGUGGCUUGGAGCACACCUCUCACAUACACUCACCCCAAACACAACAGUAAAUUGUCAUCAGUCACUUCAUAAUAUAAAAUCAUGCUACAUUUCAGGAUUGUUUUGGAUUUUAUAUUUGUCUGUUAAAAAUGCCAGUCCCCUCCCUGAUAGAUGCCUGACUCUGUGUUCUUAUUAUUUAUGAGGCAGCACUGCUUCCCUGUUCUGUGGAUGCAAGUGAUGUUGUCUUCCUGUUGUUGCACACUUUCCUGAUUCAAAUUGAGACACAUCAAUUAUUCUUGUCAUUGGAACUUCUUACCCAGUGAAAGACAGGAAUGUCUGCAAACAUUCCGAAGUAACUUAGGUAUCUGUUCAUUCUGAUGACUUUUGCACAAGGUACACAAUAAUUUUCAGAAAUUCAGAAAGACAAUCCACAAAGAUGUAUUUAACUGUACAGAGAUCUUCCUAUCUCCAUGCUGAAUCACAUUCAUUAAUAAAUCACUAACCUACUUA